UGCAGUUUGAAUAGAAUCAUUGCCUACAGCAGAGGUGUAAAUAUCCUGAACAUAUCUAGAACAAUGCAUGAAGCCAUGUGCUCUGUAGGGAGAAAUCAUAAGGUUGUGGAAUCAAAUUGCAACAGUCUAUUCUAUUGAAUAGAGGCAAGGCAAGGAAAAACAACCAUAUCCAUCUAGUUGUCUUUUGCUCUGCAGUGUGUUCUCUUCUGCAUGGAUUGUGUCAUUUAUCCAGAAAUAUAUUAAAGCAUAUUAAAAAAUACACAUGCAGACAGCAACAUUAAUGGAAGAAUAAGCUGGAGAGUGUCCCUCUAGCAAAGCAGACGUGAACUUCAUGAGAGGGAUGCAGAUACAGAAGCAGUGUUAAUCUUAAAAUGAAAUUGAACAUGAAUCUUACCACCAUUUUGGGGGGUAAUCAGAGCACUGUUUUUUCAGGUGCUCUGAAAAGGUGCAGGGACCUGCGUUCUUGAGUAAAUAUAUAAUUACAACAUGAAGAAAUACAGAUUAUAUACAUUAUAUAACUAUACACAUAGUAAAAACAUUAUACGUACAAUAUACUGUGUAUAUAACUUUCACAUUGGGAAUUUAUGGAUUAUAUGCGGCUUGAAAUGCCUAACUAAACUAACAACGGUUGUUCACACGCCUGGACUGUAAAGUUCUUUGAAGAUGCUCCUUAAGCACUAACAGCUCCUCCGAGCGGCUUUGCUCCGCCGCCCGGCUCCGUGUCCCGCUAAGGUCCCGUGUCCUUGUCCCGGGUCCCCAGGCGCUGCAGCGCCCACCCGACGCCCUUUAUCGCGGCUCACGGGGACGGUGCGGACACAGAGGGCCGAGCACCGCAACGCCGCGGCCGGGCAGCCCCGCUUCACCGCCGGGGCCCGGGGCGGGCGUGCCGCUGUCCCCGGCGGGGGCGGGCCCGGGCCGGCUCCCCCUCCCCGGCGCCGCCGGCUGAGCCUUAACAGGGAAUGGCUUUUACACUUGAAGAAAGGUUACAGCUGGGAAUUCAUGGUCUCCUUCCUCCUUGCUUCCUGAGCCAAGACGUUCAACUCCUUCGUGUGAUGAAAAACUUUGAAAAGCAAUCUAAUGAUCUAGACAAGUAUAUUAUUCUUAUGACAUUGCAAGACAGGAAUGAGAAGCUUUUUUACCGAGUGCUGACCUCUGAUAUCGAGAAAUUCAUGCCCAUAGUUUACACCCCAACAGUUGGCCUGGCUUGUCAGCAGUAUGGUUUGGCUUUCAGGAGACCACGGGGAUUGUUUAUCACCAUCCAUGACAGAGGCCACAUUGCAACAAUGCUAAACUCUUGGCCUGAAGAAAAUGUUAAGGCUAUUGUGGUGACAGAUGGAGAGAGGAUUCUUGGUUUAGGAGACCUAGGAAGUUACGGCAUGGGUAUCCCAGUUGGAAAACUUGCUUUGUACACUGCUUGUGGUGGAGUUAACCCACAACAAUGUCUCCCUGUCCUACUGGAUGUUGGCACAGACAAUGAGGCUCUCCUGAAUGAUCCACUCUAUAUUGGACUGAAACACAAGAGGGUUCGUGGGAAGCAGUACGACGAACUGAUUGAUGAGUUUAUGCAGGCAGUUACCAACAAGUACGGCAUGAAUUGUCUGAUCCAGUUUGAAGAUUUUGCCAAUGUUAACGCUUUUCGUCUCCUCAAUAAAUACCGCAACAGAUACUGUACAUUCAAUGAUGAUAUUCAGGGCACAGCAUCUGUUGCAGUCGCUGGCCUCAUUGCAGCCUUAAGAAUCACAAAGAGCAAGCUCUCUGACCAGAAGUUUGUUUUCCAGGGAGCUGGAGAGGCUGCAAUGGGCAUAGCUCAUCUCAUCCUCAUGGCCAUGGAAAAGGAAGGAGUUUCACAAGAGGAUGCCAUCAAAAAAAUUUGGAUGGUGGACUCCAAGGGACUGAUUGUGAAGGGCAGGAGCCACCUGAAUCACGAGAAAGAAAUUUUUGCCCAGGACCACCCCAGUGUGGACACACUGGAAGAGGUUGUGGAGAAAGUGAAGCCUACAGCAGUUAUAGGUGUGGCGGCCGUUGCAGGCGCUUUCACUGAGAAGCUGCUGAAGGACAUGGCAGCCUUCAAUGAGAGGCCCAUCGUGUUCGCCCUGAGCAACCCCACGAGCAAAGCAGAGUGCACAGCAGAGCAGUGCUACCACCUCACCCAGGGCCGGGGAAUAUUUGCAAGUGGGAGUCCAUUCCCAAAGGUAACCCUACCCAAUGGACAGACCUUCUUCCCUGGCCAAGGAAACAACGCCUACGUCUUCCCAGGAGUGGCUCUGGGAGUCAUUGCCGGCGGGAUCCGACACAUCUCUGAUGAAAUCUUCCUCAUCACAGCAGAGACUAUUGCUGCCGAGGUGACAGAGCAGAAUCUUGCAGAAGGAAGACUCUAUCCCCCCUUGGGCAGCAUCAGAGAAGUGUCUCUCAAAAUUGCUGUGAAAAUUGUUGACUGGGCCUACAAGCAUGGCCUCGCUUCUUCGUACCCCGAGCCAGCAGACAAGGAAACCUUUGUGAAACAGCUCAUGUACAGCUCUGACUACGAUUCAUUUGCUUUUGAUGAUUACAGGUGGCCCCCCGCAGCCAUGCAAACACAAAGUAUAUAAUGUUUUGUGAGAAUUGUUCUCUCAUUUUUGCCAUCAGUUCCUGUGGCCCAUGUCAUUGCUGAUAUAACGCACCUCCAGGCUUGCAGAAUGAUAAAAGUAAAUUAAUCCAA